AUGUCGUCGAAUAGCGAAACGCCAAAAAAGCAUGUGCUGUACCCAUCAGCCAAUCAAACCAAUAAGUCACCACCAAAACAAGGCCAUCACUUGCCUAAAGUUACUUUACCAAAGGUCCAUACCAGUCACAUACAAUCAGCCAGUCAACAUCAAUAUUAUUCUUUAAGAUGGAAUAAUUAUCAAAAUAAUUUAACCGACAUGUUCCACGAGCUUUUGAAUUCCGAGAAGUUUGUUGAUGUCACGUUAGCAUGUGAGCAUAAUUCACUGAAAUGCCAUAAAGUCGUAUUGUCAGCAUGCUCAACAUUUUUUCAAAAACUGUUAAUGGACAAUCCAUGCAAACACCCGAUAAUCAUUAUGCCACCUGAAGUUGCGUUUGCUGAUCUCCAAUUUAUCAUUGAGUUUGUAUAUCGGGGUGAAAUUGAUGUUUCAGAAGCAGAGCUUCAAGUAAGUUAA